AUCAUUACUAGUUGUGAUACAGGAUGUAGAGUGAAGAUACCAAGUGGGAAACAACACAACCUUAAAAAGCUCAUUGAGGAUUGUUGUGUCAGGACAUAAAAUGCUCAGAGAAAUACAGCAGGUGUUGAGACUGGUCAUGCUCAUGGGAAAGCAAAGACGACAGCAUGGUUUAAAGACUGCAGGAGGACUUCUGGUGCUUCUGUGGACUGAGACAGGAGCUUCUGGUCAUAGUUUAAACUGCACUGUUGCAGCUGCUGGUCCUUGGUGCACCGGAAUUAAAAUGAAAGCACUCAAGCCUGUCCUCACAGAUCUGAAGGAGAGCAUGUUUCCUUGUGUGUGGCCUUGUCCUGAUCCUGACCCAGAGGAGCUGUGUACCUUCACUGAUCUGUAUGGUUCCCUCAGAUUGCUCCUGUCCUUCCAGAUGAAAGAUGCAAGCCUAUUCAGUCCAGAGUGGCAAGCCCAUAUAGAGGCAUUCCUACGCACAUUCAGUUUGGCUAAUGCAGGGAUUAAAAUUCACCUCAAAUUCAAGUUCAACCAGCAGACCCUGCAACGAGAAUUCAGAGUGAAAAUCAAAACUAAAGUUUCACAGGCAGCCGACCCAUCACUGAUUCUGGAUGUCACCUGUAUUACACAGCCUCCAGAGUGUGUGCAGAAAGGAUGCUGGUGUCAGGGAGGACACCCUGUACUUGGAGGCAGGUUGCCACUCAGUAUCCCACCACAAGCCAUGGAUCAGGGCCUGUACGGGGAGCUCAGCAUCCAACCUGUGACACUUCUCAGCCCCUGUGUGCUUCAGUUCCCCAAUCUGGCAACCCAGCUCACUCACAUACAAAUAUCUUUCGUGUUGGUUUACAGCCCUAGUAAUGUUCCUGUUACAGGCCCCUCCACCUUCAUCCAGAACCUUCCUGUUCAUCUGGACUGUCAACAACUGGGCCUGCGUGGCCUUCACUGCUCUGUCGUUAAAGAUCUUGUGCUCAGCGGUGCCACAGUGUAUGAAGUAGAGCAAGAAAACUGGGAGGAAGAAUCAAGUCUUCCCACAAUACAGCAGAGACUCCUGCUUCUCCUCUUCCUGCAGCACAGUGACCCCUUCUCCUCCCAUCUGUCUGAUGUUAUGGCUACAGAGGCGAUGAUAGAGCACCACCUGGAGGAUAUUCUGAGCAACAACAGACAGGCAGUCACAGCAGCCCUGCAGACUGAGCUCAGGAACACACUGACAGCACAAAACCACAGGAAAAAGAACCAAGAGAAGCUGUGUUCAGCAGUCGAGGUGAUUCUCAGUUCGUCCAUCAGUGUUGUGAGCUGCAGCAGCAACGUGGACUUCAGAAAUGCGUGUCUGACCAGCAUGAAGGUGCGUGACACUCAUGAACUGUUGGCCUCCCUCUGUGAAUCUCUGAGGAGGGUGACAUCAUGGAAAUUUACCCCUAGGAGCAGGUGCUACUCUGCUCAGAUGGAAGAACAUCCUGAGAAUGAUCGGCCCAUCAGAGCAGAAAUCUGAGACUGUCUGUGUUUGUCUUGAAAGAGUUUUGUUCCAUUUGAAGCCUGUGGAAGCAGUUAACACUAAAAUGUAUAUUUUCUUUUUGGCAGUAGAGGUAGCUGUUUAUUUGAUUGUUAAUUUAAAAAAUAUGUUGUUGUUCAUAUAGUUUGUGUGUUACAACAGAUGGGAUUGUUUUUUUUACACAUUUCCAAGAUAGAAAAUGUUCCAAAGAGAUCUGUAUUAAGGCUGCAACUAAUGAUUAUUUUCAUUAUUGAUUAGUUGAUUGAUUAUAAUUAUUGUAUUGUUUUUAUUUAUUGUUUGGUUUAUAAAACAAAAAAAUUAGUGAUAAAUACCUGUAACAACAUCCUGCUGCACCAGGUGACAUUUGGAUCGUCCAACACUCCAAAACAUGUUCAGUUUACUAAAAUGUAAGACUGAAAAAGCAGCAAAUUCUCACUUUCUAAAUGCUAGAACCAUCAAGUUUUUUUUUGGUGGGCGGCAUUGUUGCUUGAAAAUUGCAACAAUUAAUUGUUUCCCAAAAAAGUUUAAUCUACUGAACUGAUUUUUUUGAAAAUCUGAAAUAAUCUUUUAUUGAUGUUUUAUGCCAUAUGUACAGACACUGUAAGGUUGCGUUAUACAGUUCAUGUAGUUCAUGCUAUUGUUUGUAGUUAAACUGAGAAAAAUAUCUGUACAGCCCUGAGGGUUAAAACUAAAUGCAUGUUCCUACAG